UUCUUCUUCUUGCCUCAUCUUUGCUUCUCUCCUCUUGUGUUGAGAGACUUUAUUUUUCUUCAUCUUCUCAUGGAACAAAAUCUAAUUUAAUUGUUAUUUUAUCUGUGGUUCUAAUUUUAAUUCUAAUUAUCUUAACAUUUCCAAGAAUAUGGAGAAAAAAGCUAAAAUGACGGAAAGUGCAAAAUCUACCUGGAAAGGACGUUGUGGUGCAGCAAAAAAAGCAGUGGCCAAAAAAGCUGAUGUGAAUAAGAAGGUGAGCUCCAGCAGUUCCACUGAUGAAGAGGAAACUGACGGUGAGCCUAGAACAAGUAAACGAGUUCGAUCACAAUAUCAACCAUUCCAAUCUCCUGAAGCUUUAGCUGUCCUGGCUCCUGCUCUUUAUAAACCUCCAACUAAACCUUGCUCAAUUUCUAAAAACAUUGAUGAUAAAAUAGUCAUCUUUGGUAAAGGAGAUUUUCUUGCUGUUCGUAAUGAUGAAGGUACUUUCUAUGUGUGUCGAACAGCACAAAAUGUUUAUAAAAGUAGCCGUCGAUUUAAGAUACAAUGGUUAAAUGAUGAAAAAGAGCCUGGUAUCUAUGUACCUGAUUUUUAUGACCAAACCAACUUUGAAUGUGUACUCACCAACCUGACAAUGGACCGUAAAGACAAAAAUAGAUUCAAACUUCCAGUUGAGGAAAGAAAAAGAACGAUGAACAUCUUGGAGAGAGCAAUCAACGUUGAAAAGGGAUUAACAGAGGUUCCUGAUCCACGAAAAGUAGUCAGUGAUGGGGUUGAUGUCAGUAUUGUAGGUAAAGAGGAAGAACAAGAGCUAAUCAAAAUCAGCCCUAAGCCAAGCAUUAAAGUUGCCAAAGAGAAACCAGCUAAGGUUAACUCAAGUCGCUCUAAGCGUUCAUCUCUUAAUGGACUACCGGAAAGAGAAGCAAGUCCAAAAGAACGACGAGGAUCUAGUGAAACUAAUAAUAGUAAACCAACUCCCUCGACGUCUGUUAAACGUGAACGAAAAUCUUUAAAUCAAACAACUGACACAGCUACUCCAACUACAGAAGAUCGUAGACAUACUCGAUCUAGUAGUCGAUCUUUUAAAGAAGACAUCAAACCAUCUCCAAUAGUUAAACCAUCAUCAUCAUCAUCGUCAUCAUCAUCACCAUUAAUUAAAACUGUUACUCCUUCACGUAAACGAAGUUUACGAAACAUUGAGACACCUAAUACUGAGGAAGUUAAAAGUGGAGUGACAAGUCCAAAGUCGCAUUCGAAAAGAUCCAAUCACACAGAAGUGGAACAACCUGAAAGUAUGCGAUUAGUCAACAUGCAUACUCACGAAACAAAGCGUCCCAAGAUACGAAUCACGUGCAGCGAUCAUCUUGUUGAUGUUAGGAUUAAAGUUCCUUUAGACAAUAUUAAGACUGAAACCGCCGUUAAUUUUAUCCAAAAAUAUUGUUCUCAAAAAAUAGUGACUGUUAUAGAAAAGAGAAUGGAAUAUCUGAACAAAAACUCACCUUUACCACUUCUUCAAUCAUCACCACCACAAACACCAAUGACUUCAGUGACAUCAACUCAUCAGGAAAGAGAUGACCAAGAACCAGAACCGAAAAAGCUUAAAACGGAAGAGAAAGAUCUUAAGGAAAAUGAUAAAGGAUUUGGUGCUAUGGAGGUUGAUAGCCACGAGCCAGAUAAGCCAGAGGAGAACGAGAAGGAUUUAAUAGAAAAGGAACUCAAGGAUAUUGCAAAUAUGCAGAAAGAAGAGAAAGAAAAACUUGAAAAAGAAAGAGUUGAAGAAGAAAAGGCAGAGAAGGCUGAAAGAGAAAGGAUAGAAGAAGAAAAAGUUGAGAAAGAGAAGAAAGAAAAAUUAGAGAAAGAGAGGGUUGAGAAAGAAAAGUUAGAUAAAGAGAAAAAGGAGAAAGAGAGACUGGAAAAAGAGAAGCUUGAGAAAGAAAGAUUAGAAAAAGAAAGGACCGAGAAAGAGAAAUUAGAAAAGAGAAAUUAGAAAAAGAAAAAUUAGAAAAAGAAAGAGUCGAGAAAGAGAAAUUAGAAAAAGAAAGAGUCGAGAAAGAGAAAUUAGAGAAAGAGAAAUUAGAGAAAGAGA